UAGGUGGAGCGAAGGAGGCGACAGAGCGGCUCUGUCAAGAACUUCGUGGAGUCUGUAGUGCCGUGUUUCCUGCUCUUUUUUGGCUUAAAAUAAGAUACAAAUUAUUGAGAAACAGCGGGGGAUAUCGAGGAGCGUGAGCUGGACUUGGACACAGCCAUGGACCCUGGAUAUGGAUGGAGCCUUACCCCGCUCAACCAGGCUCCCUACAUAGAGAUUAUCGAGCAGCCAAAGCAAAGGGGGAUGAGAUUUAGGUACAAGUGUGAGGGACGGUCUGCUGGCAGCAUUCCCGGAGAAAAAAGCAAUGACACCACUAAGACGCACCCAGCAAUCAAGGUGCACAACUACAGCGGCCCCCUGCGUGUUCGCAUCUCAUUGGUGACAAAGAACGCACCAUACAAGCCUCAUCCUCAUGAGCUGGUUGGAAAAGACUGCAAACAUGGCUACUAUGAGGCUGACCUGCAGGAGAGACGGAUACACAGUUUUCAGAACCUGGGUAUACAAUGUGUGAAGAAGAAGGAUGUAAAUGAGGCCAUCACUUGUAGACUGCAGACAAACAAUAACCCAUUUAACAUUCCCGAGGCUAAGGUGUGGGAGGAAGAGUUUGACCUAAAUUCAGUCCGGCUUUGCUUCCAGGCCUCCAUCACUCUCUCUACAGGGGAGCUCUAUCCUCUGGAGCCUGUGGUGUCACAGCCCAUCUAUGACAACAGGGCUCCAAACACAGCAGAGCUAAAGAUCUGCAGAGUCAACCGCAACUCUGGAAGCUGCAAAGGAGGGGAUGAAAUCUUUCUGCUGUGUGACAAAGUGCAAAAAGAGGACAUCGAGGUGCGUUUCUUCCAAGACUCUUGGGAGGGGAAGGGCACUUUCUCCCAAGCUGAUGUCCACAGGCAGGUGGCCAUUGUGUUUCGCACUCCGCCCUACCGUGACACUAACCUCACUGAGCCAGUGAGAGUCAAGAUGCAGCUCCGGCGCCCCUCUGACCGAGAAGUCAGUGAGCCAAUGGACUUCCAGUACCUGCCAUCAGAUCCAGAUGAAUACAGGCUGAGUGAGAAGAGAAAGCGGACAGGAGAUAUGUUCCAGAACCUGAAGCUAGGGCCCUUGCUAUCUAGUGUGACCACUCCACAAGAUAGACAGCACCUAAACCCAUCAAGGAGAAAGCUGACAGCCAAGCCUCCAUUACUGAACCAACAAGCUGCAGCUGUGGUGCCCACUGGUCCCACUGGGGCAAAAUCACAUCCCCAAUACUCCUUCCAACCAGGCCAGCUAUUUUCUGAGCAGACAAAGGUAGAAGCCUCCAACAUGUCAGCAGCUCCUACCAACCAGUGGAAGAUGACAGCCCUGGGCUCCCAACCAAAAGCAAACCCAGUGUCUAGCUUUUCAAUGAACCCAUCACCGGCCACCGUCUCCUCUACCAUCACUUCAACUUCCAAUCAGGACUACUCAACAGUCAACCUGUCAGAUCUUCAUGAAUUCUUCCCCAACAUUUCCUCGACUAUCACUCAGCAGGAGCCCUCAGCUUCUCAAGUAAACUUGGCCUCUUCACAGACAAGCAACUCCUUCGCCCUCCAGAGCACUCAGUUCCGGGGAGAACCACCACUUGUGGAUGACGAUAUCCCAGAUUUCCCUAGCUUCACUGAAGGCCAGGUCCCAGUCAACCUGGACAGCCUCAACAUGGAUGACUUGGAGGAUCUUCUGAACCCCCCGCUUGUUGGUGUAAAUCAUCCUUCAUGUCAGCCGACUGGCCCUUCGGGCUCCUCUACUGCUGCCCAGACUAGUGCAGCAUCUCAGAACACUUCUGACCCUGCCAGCAACCCAGGAAGCACUUGGAUGAAUUACCCCAACAGCAUUGUGCAUCUGCUCCAGAACGAAAUCAUGACAGACAGCAGACCCAAUAACAACCAAAUGCUCGAAGACUUCGAUGAGUUGAUGUCUGCUGAUGAGGACCGUCUUAUUUCCAUUUUUAACAGUGGAAGCCAAGCUGGGUUUGUGUCAGGACACCCGACUUAAAGUUUCUUUCAUUUUCCCAAAGACCAAUUGUAUCUUCCCCUGUGGCCAUCAGGACUAAAACUUCUUUAUUAUUGUAAGGCAAAAAAGGAAGUAGGCAGAGGAGACCGAAUGUAGCAGCACUGCUCACUGUGGACACACUUCUUAAAAUACCAGCAAUGACUUUAUGGUAUUCAGUCUGACGCCUUGCCCAGUCAUAUAGUUUGUCUGAUAAAUUGCAAAACCCAUAAUGUAGGUGAUCAGAUUUCAUGCCCUGUGAAACCAUGUCCAGCAUCUGUGACUAAACGUUUAGGUCACUGUCAACAUAUUGAUGGUGGAGACAGAUUCUCCAGCGAAUGUUUUAAGAAGACAGACAGCAUGGGUACUUUGAUAAAGGUAUCCGGUGUGGUGAUUAUUUUUGGAACAUGUUAAGCAUGUUUUUGUAUUGUCAUUUGAACAAUUUUGGUAGCUGUGGCCACAAAAAUGUGCAGCUUUUGUCUCUUUUUUUGUCUUUAUACAAAAGGGUUCAUAUAUAUGUAAUCAGAUCUAGAGGUAAGUCUACACAGAUUAUGUCCAUUUUUUAAAAAAAUAAUCUCUUUGGAUUGCACCAUUGUUUUCUGAAGGUUAACACAAACUAUCUGAAUGUCUUGGAAACAAAAUGAAGGUGUACAUUUAUCAAACAAGCAACAUUACUAUAUAUGUGCUUAUACUAGAGAUUGUGCUUUUUAUGUGGUAAUAGUUUCCACUGCUCUGUAAUCAGUUUUUCUACACUUAUUUUAUCAGUAAUGGUUGCAUUUUAACUCAGCUGUUUCAGACUUGCUAUUCUCUGCAGUAAGGUGCUUUACUGAAAUGUAAUUAUGUUUUUACGUGUAUUAUGAAAGUGGAUCGUAGUAUAAUUGUGCUUUUUUUUUUUUUUUGGAAUGAGACUUUGUCAACAUACAAAACACUGUUUUGGCAAUAAAUACCACAACAUAUAAAGACGAUUUUCAAAAGAGUAUUUUACUUUGCAACUCUGUAACUGUUAUACAGUACAAAGGGGGGAAAAAAAGCCGAACGCAAGAGACAAAUGUAAAAUGGCAACAAGGAGUGCUUCAGUGGAUCUUCUGAAAAUGUGCAUACAAAUCAAGGAUGUUAGUGUUCUUCCCAUCACUCGAGCCUGUUAGAAUCUUGUUAGUACUACUAUUCUUGUAUACAAUAUUUUCAAUACAAAAUAAAGA